AUGUUACACUACAAGGACAUGACCGAUAUUGCAAACCUAGGUUACAAUGAUAUCAAUGAGCAUGGUGAGGAGCUCCAACAGCCUAUUGAUGACAUAUACCAGCCACUUUCGGCACUGGACACAACAUUUGUGGGGGACAUCAUAGUCCCUGGAUCCACAGACUCAGCUUUCGAAUACCCUACCAAUACAGAUGACGAGUUUCCACCUGCAGCAGAAAUGCAUUGCUUCCAAGAAAAACUUUGCCACAGCAGCAGACUGGCAGAUAUAGGACCCCUCCCAGCCUACAAUGCUGAGGCACAUAUGACCAUUGCCACAAACCUCAAACUUUUGAUCAAGGAGGUGCUGGCAGGACCUGACCAAAUACACUGGCAGGAGGCUAUCAAGGCCAAAAUGGAUGGCUUGGAAAGCAUGCAGAUCUGA